UGGACUUUACGGAAAAGAAAACCCAUCAUGGCAGGAUCCGAGUCGUCAAGUAAAAUGCGUACUAUCAUGGCCUUUAUUGCUCUUUUAUUUGCCCUAUUAUCUUCUGGACAUUGUAGCAGUCAAGUACCACUUGUAAUGUGGUCCAGUGAAGGGUAAAUAUGUAUUAUUAGUUUGAAAGCGAUGGGAUUUUAGCUAGCAUGCUAAACUAGCCAUUCCAGCUGAAUCGCUAUCUAGCCUUGUAGCUAUACUCACUUUUAUAAGACGUUUAACGUUAUCAGGGUAAAUGUAUUUAUCCUUUCUAAUAAAAUUGGGUCUUAGGUAUUGCUAAUCAUUGCCAUGUUAGUUGUUGAUAUGUGUCCAACUGUGGUAGAUGUCUUGUUAUUCUAUAAAUAUAAAACUAUUUUGUUCAUAUUUCCAGGUACACCAUGCCACCCGUGGUAUCUCCAUCUGCUGGUCACAUACUAUCUAAUGUCCAGCUGAUGUCCUACCUAAACUCUGCUCUGGGGUCUGCCCCACACAACGUGCUGCUCUUCCUACAGGACAAGGUCAGGCCUGAGAUAAAUCAUAAUUGUAUUCAGUUGUACCAUGUAAAAUUGUCUACUACUUGGCAAAUACUAUUUGAAGCUGGAUCACAUAGUAUGCAAUGCCAGUUAUAGACUGUAAUGUCAAAGCUGAAUAGCCUACUAGCUAGGACAGCUACAGUACAGUAUGCUUUUUCACUGUAAUAAGUUACGUUUUUAAAGUCACGUGCACAAGUGCAGUGAAAUGCCUUUCUUGCAAGCUCUAAACCCAACAAUGCAGUAAUCAAUAACAAUAUAAUACUAAACAUAACAUAAGGUACAACAAAAACACACGAUAAAUAAAAAUAAGAAGAACAUGAGAAAGUAAGUAAGCUAUAUACAGGGUCAGUCAAUUGCAGUACCAUAUUAACAAUGUGCAGGGAUACUGGAGUGAUAGAGGUAGACACUAGUGUAUAAACCCUUAUGUUAUACUAGGGAAAUUGUUUCCAUAGCUAGGGCUGUCUGUGAGGACUUUUGAAGAGUUCACAGUUAGCCAUUGUUCACAGUUAGCCAUUGUUAUGUAAAUGCCAGCGGAAAAGUACCAGUGGCCUGUCUUUGGCCCCAAGUGAGAGCAGGUCCGCUCUCACAUGGCACAGUGAGACACUGGUGCCGGCCCACGUAGAUGGAAACGGACAAGUCUGAGCCUUUUGGGUAAAACACUGGGGUGAAUCCUGUAUGGAAAUGCAAUUAAGCCUUGUGAUGCCCUGGCCUGGUGUUUCUCACUCUGGUGUGACAAUGCGCCACAGUCCCACUUCCCCUUUACUACUUCCCAUUCUCAGACCGACCCGUUUUAGAUAUGUAGUAAUAAUGAGACUAUGUUAAAGGGUUUUAGCUUUUUAUAUUGUACUGUUUUUAAUUAAUCUCAAAUUCAGAAGCAGAUGACACUGACGUUGUUGAUAUGUGUUAUUUAUUUUUUUACAUAGCUGAGCAAAGAUGACUUCACAAGGUAUGGAGGAGUUUUUGGAAACAAACAAGACAGUGCCUUUCCCAACCUGGAGGUAAGUAUUAUAUCCUUUGAGGUGAGGCUGGGUAUUGAGAUACUAAUAUGAUCAGGGCCCAUAUUCAUUUACAUUUACAUUCUAGUCAUUUAGCAGACGCUCUUAUCCAGAGCGACUUACAGUUAGUGAAUGCAUACAUUUUCAUACUGGCCCCCCGUGGGAAACGAACCCACAACCCUGGCGUUGCAAGCGCCAUGCUCUACCAACUGAGCUACAGGGGACUAUUUAUAAAGCGUCUCAGUGGUGAUCUAUGAUCAGUGGUUCUCAAACCUCUACUCUGGGACCCCAAGACGUUUCACCAUGUUGUUGUAGCCCUGAACUAGCUCAACUGAUUCACCUAUUCAAGGGCAUGAUGAUUAGUUAACAAGUUUAAUCAGGUGUGGUAGCUUUGGAAUAGAUCAUACAUGGAACAGCUGGGGGUCCCUGAGGAGAGGUUUGAGAACCACUGUUUUAAAUCACAAUGAAUAAAAUUACAUGGACAGUGGGGAUCUAAUCCUACAUCAGCACUCCUACUUUGAGGUGCUUUAGAAAUUCAGACCCAGAUGUAGGUUGAUAACUAACUUUGACCUUUCUUUCUCUCAGUCUGCAUUGCAGUCUUCCCCUUCACCGUUGGUGCUGCCUGCACUAUCAUGGCUUGAUGCUAGUGCAGUCCCAGGUCUUCUACGGGAGAAGCUGGGUGUCUCCCCACUCAGCGUAGACUCAGACACACUGGAGCAUCUCCGACUCAAUGCAUCAGACAACACUCUACUGCUUAUCAACCUGCCCUAUCCUACUGGGUAAUACGGUCCAUUGUUUUGGAAAAAUACUAUUUGAUUGAUUGGUUCACAAUCGUACAGUAACUUAAGCAUGUAUUGUAUAUUCAUGCACUUUGUUUGUGUUCCAGUGCUUACCCAUCCUGUAAGGAAGUCCUGCGUAGCAAUGGUAAGUUGAAGUUUUGGCCAUUUAUUGUUCUUGUCCAGAUCGUGUUGUUAUUUUAUGUAUUGGUAUUUAUGUAUUCAAUAACUACUUAUUUCUGUGACUCAAACGAUGUGUCAUACAGUAUGUCUGAGUGAUGCAUUUUCCUCUCUUCCCUAGAUGAGGUCAUUGGUAAGGUUCUGAGCAUCAUGAAAGCCCAGGGUGUUCCCUACACUGCUAUUUACACUGGACUCAAGCCCUCACGAGUAAGUCACUUUAAAAUAAUCAAACAUAUGCUUCUUAUCUACAUGAUGUACAGUGAGGGAAAAAAGUAUUUGAUCCCCUGCUGAUUUUGUACGUUUGCCCACUGACAAAGACAUGAUCAGUCUAUAAUUUUAAUGGUAGGUUUAUUUGAACAGUGAGAGACAGAAUAACAACAAAAAAAUCCAGAAAAAACGCAUGUCAAAAAUGUUAUAAAUUGAUUUGCAUUUUAAUGAGAGAAAUAAGUAUUUGACCCCUCUGCAAAACAUGACUUAGUACUUGGUGCCAAAACCCUUGUUGGCAAUCACAGAGGUCAGACGUUUCAUGUAGUUGGCCACCAGGUUUGCAUACAUCUCAGGAGGGAUUUUGUCCCACUCCUCUUUGCAGAUCUUCUCCAAGUCAUUAAGGUUUCGAGGCUGACGUUUGGCAACUCGAACCUUCAGCUCCCUCCACAGAUUUUCUAUGGGAUUAAGGUCUGGAGACUGGCUAGGCCACUCCAGGACCUUAAUGUGCUUCUUCUUGAGCCACUCCUUUGUUGCCUUGGCCGUGUGUUUUGGGUCAUUGUCAUGCUGGAAUACCCAUCCACGACCCAUUUUCAAUGUCCUGGCUGAAGGAAGGAGGUUCUUACCCAAGAUUUGACGGUACAUGGCCCCGUCCAUCGUCCCUUUGAUGCGGUGAAGUUGUCCUGUCCCCUUAGCAGAAAAACACCCCCAAAGCAUAAUGUUUCCACCUCCAUGUUUGACGGUGGGGAUGGUGUUCUUGGGGUCAUAGGCAGUAUUCCUCCUCCUCCAAACACGGCGAGUUGAGUUGAUGCCAAAGAGCUCCAUUUUGGUCUCAUCUGACCACAACACCUUCACCCAGUUCUCCUCUGAAUCAUUCAGAUGUUCAUUGGCAAUCUUAAGACGGGCAUGUAUAUGUGCUUUCUUGAGCAGGGGGACCUUGCGGGCGCUGCAGGAUUUCAGUCCUUCACGGCAUAGUGUGUUACCAAUUGUUUUCUUGGUGACUAUGGUCCCAGCUGCCUUGAGAUCAUUGACAAGAUCCUCCCGUGUAGUUCUGGGCGGAUUCCUCACCGUUCUCAUGAUCAUUGCAACUUCACGAGGUGAGAUCUUACAUGGAGCCCCAGGCCGAGGGAGAUUGACAGUUACUUUGUGUUUCUUCCAUUUGCGAAUAAUCGCACCAACUGUUGUCACCUUCUCACCAAGCUGCUUGGUGAUGGUCUUGUAGCCCAUUCCAGCCUUGUGUAGGUCUACAAUCUUGUCCCUGACAUCCUUGGAGAGCUCUUUGGUCAUGGCCAUGGUGGAGAGUUUGUAAUCUGAUUGAUUGAUUGCUUCUGUGGACAGGUGUCUUUUAAACAGGUAACAAGCUGAGAUUAGGAGCACUCCCUUUAAGAGUGUGCUCCUAAUCUCAGCUCGUUACCUGUAUAAAAGACACCUGGGAGCCAGAAAUCUUUCUCAUUGAAAGGGGGUCAAAUACUUAUUUCCCUCAUUAAAAUGCAAAUCAAUUUAUAACAUUUUUGACAUGCGUUUUUCUGGAUUUUUCUGUUGUUAUUCUGUCUCUCACUGUUCAAAUAAACCUACCAUUUAAAAUUAUAGACUGAUCAUUUCUUUGUCAGUGGGCAAACGUACAAAAUCAGCAGGGGAUCAAAUACUUUUUUCCCUCACUGUAUCAGCACGUUUUCAGCAUUGUAGUUUCUACUGUCCCCUCACCUGAUUUAAAAUAAAGUGACGUGGUGUUAUUUUGUUAUGUUCUACUCACCUUAUCAAUAAAGUUGUAGUUUUAUUGAUUUAUUAUUGUGUUCUACUCACCUUCUUGAUCCCUAGGUGAUUGAGGAGAAAUCCAUGGUUGGCCAGUCUUCUAUAGGCCGGUCCUUGCUGCAGACGGUUGUCAAUGAGGUCAAACCUCCUUUGACGUUUAACACUACUAAUGGCCCUUGCAUCAUGCUCUGGGCCCAGAAUCUCAACGUCAGCUUUAAUAACCAGGAAUGGAUUGACCUUGGUCCAUUGACCUUUGCUCCAGGUGGCUCUGUGAGCACGGCUAGGGUCCUUCUGUAAUGGAACAAACUCACAGUGAGCCUGAUACUCUUUUUACUAUGACAUGACACUUUUUAUUAUGUACUACAUAGUAUAGUCCCACUGGUUGAUUAGUGUCUUAUGGUACAAGUGUUACAUCUCUUAGCACUAUCAAAUUACCCAAUUGUGUGUUGACUUGAUACAUUGGGAUUUGUUUAUUGGUGACAUUAUUACUAUUAUGCUAUACAAUAAUGGCGGAUUUUUUGAAUCCAACGUGUGCUUGUCUUUCUCAGGCUUGUCCUUGAUUAUGGAAGUUCUGUUCCAACGUACAACCCCUUCCGUCUCAUGUAAGUAUUAUAAUGUAGUUUUAUCAUGAUAAUACGCAAAACAAGUAUUAUAAAAGAUUACGCUAACAAAGUGCAGAGCGUCAGUUCCUAUGAAAAUACACCACCUUGCUCCUGCAUGUAUCGAUCUGCUCAAUGUAUAAACAAUUAAUUCCUGUACAUUCUCACUCCUAUAUUAAGCGUGAGGUUACACACAUUUAGAUGUGUCUUGUUAUAUAUUAUAAACUGGGUGGUUCGCGCCCUGAAAGCUGAUUGGCUGAAAUCAUUUAUUUGUACUGCUCUAAUUGCAUUGGUAACCAGUUUAUAAUAGCAAUAAGGCACCUCAGGGGUUUGUGGUAUAUAUAUAUACCAAGGCUAAGGGCUGUAUCCAUGCACGACGUGAUGCAGAGUGCCUGGAUACAGCCCUUAGCCGUGGUAUAUUGGCAAUAUACCACAAACCCCCAAGGUGCCUUAUUGCUUAAUUAAAGCAUGACACUCACCAAGUCUCAUCUUCUCCAGCUUCUCCAUGAGCCAGCGGCGCUACCCUGUAUCUGCACGAAACUGGUUCACCCUGGACACAGUGGAACUGCUAUUCAAUGCCGAUACAGCCGUCUACAAUGGCAGCCGGGGCAUCUAUGCCCCCGCAGAGUACUCUUUCCACUGCCAGAAUGUCAACAACUUCCGUAAUGCACUGCUUGUGCCCCGCACUCAGAAUGCUACCCAGUGGAGGAUCCUCUUCACUGACUUCCAGGUACUGAUGCAUGAAUGUCAGAAAAGAAAGAGCCUUUCAAUAAGCAGUGUUCUAGAGGGUUCUUUGAACAAAAAGUGUUCAGUCUCUACUCUCUAAUUCAUUGUUACUAAUUUAGCUUAUGUCUGUUUCCCCUCAUUCCCCAUCUAGAUCCAAGGCUUCAGUAUACUGAACAGAACAACAGAUUUCUCCUAUGCCAGUGACUGUGCUGGCUUCUUCACACCAGGGAUCUGGAUGGGCCUGAUCACCUCUCUGCUGAUGCUGCUAAUCCUCACCUACGGCCUGCACAUGAUCAUGCAGCUACGCUCCAUGGACCGCUUUGAUGACCCUAAAGGCCCCUCAAUCUCCGUGCCUCAGUCGGAGUAAUGAAGACAAGAGAACGCCCCCGAGCUUGGUCCCAGAUCUGUUUGUGCUGUCUUUCCUUACCCCUAUGGUAAUUAUCGUGUGACGUUGACCAUGUGACAAUGUGAGUUGGCAAGACAAUACAAACAGAUCUGGAACCAGGCAAACCCCUUCACUCCCCUAACUUAUGUUCCAUCCACUUUGAUUUGCUCAUGAGUUGUUCAAUAUAUUAUGUUGUCAUUUGCUUACUUGCUUUAGCCACCUCCACCCCUGUUCUCUGAUUGUCAGCAUUGAGCAUUCCCAUCCUCUUAGCCUUUAUCAAAUCACAUUUUAUUUGUCAC